ACAAGAACUAUACAAAUAAUAUCCAUACAAUAUUUCCCCUUCUUCGCUAGGGGAUAUGACACGUCCAAGUGGGCAUCACGUGACCGGAUCUGAUCGCGACGUUGAAAAUCCACACCAUCAAACGCCCUAUCGCUAUUAACACUCUCCGCUACCACCUGGUCACCGCACCGAUUCUGAACUCCCCAUGGCCUCCAACAAAGGGUUUGCGUUGCCGUUCACCCAUCUGAACGAUUUGGAAAAAACCGACGCCAUGAAUGCCGAGUACUCCAAGACAUUCAAGCCAAACAAGAAGUCCAGCUGGUCGGCUAGCGUGAGCUCGAUAAUACAACAGUUUGUCCGACCCUUGACGGAGUUCGCGUUGAAGUACAAGAAGCUCUCGAUCGUGUUGUUGACGCUCGCGUGCUUAUCGCUCUUGACGUCCAUACCGUUCGUACCCCACUGGCGAACUGCCAGCCCCAAGGUGGUGAUCAUCUUGGCGGCCAACGAAGGGGGCGGGGUGUUGAAGUGGAAGUCGCCUCAGGAAUGGUCGGUUGAAAGAUCGUCCAUCGCCAACAAAAAGCAUUACGCCAAGGUGCACGGGUACGGAUUGACCAUCAAGGACAUGACCAUCAAGAAGCGGUACUCGCACGAGUGGAGGGAGUCGUGGGAGAAGGUGGAUAUCAUGAAGCAGACAAUGAGGCAGUUCCCCGAAACCGAGUGGUUCUGGUGGUUGGACUUGCACACCUACAUCAUGGAGCCCCACAUCUCGUUGGAAGAGCAUUUCCUCGACAUCUUGGACAACACCACCUACAGAACCUUGGACACCUUCAACCCGUUGAACUUGCCCACCGACAUCCCCUACACCGACUACCAGCAGGAGAUCGACAUGAUCAUCACUCAGGACUGUGGUGGCUUCAAUCUAGGCUCGUUCUUGAUGAGACGCUCCAGCUGGAGCGAGAUGCUUCUCGACAUCUGGUGGGACCCUGCCAUGUACGAGCAGAUGCAUAUGCAGUGGGAGCACAAGGAACAGGACGCGUUGGAGACCUUGUACUCUACCCAGGCGUGGAUCCGUGAGAAGGUGGGCUUUUUGCCCUUGAGAAAAAUCAAUGCAUUUCCUCCAGGGGCCUGUUCUGACAAGGCCGACGAUCCCCAGUACUUUUACCACGAUCAUGACUUUGUCAUCAACAUGGCUGGGUGUGAAUGGGGCAGAGACUGCUGGGGUGAGAUGGAGCACUACAAGGCGUUGUCCAAGAAAUUCCAGAAGAGAUGGUGGAAGUUUUGGGCCUAGUUCUGCACCCGUUUCUCGAUUAUACAUAGCCUCUUAAUAAACACUUCUAAAUCAGUCGCG